UACUGUCAUGUGCUCAUUCACACAGACACAGAGGAACUUGGCAAGUUAGCUAGACCUGCUAAAUCUAGAUAUCAAAAUCUAGAUCUACAUCAGGCAAAGUAGGCCGAGACUAUACCUCUUGAUCUUGAAUUGAAUCAAAAAGUUGAAUCUUGACUGAAAUUUGAGAUGGAUGAUUUCAAAGGAGGCCUACUGAUUUGUCUACUCUUUUGCUUUUUUACAGGCAGUCAUGCUGUUGAAAGCUUGAGAUUUUUUCUUAUUGGAGAUAUGGGUGGAGUGGAUACAUAUCCCUACAGCACUUACUACGAGCGUUCCACUGCAGCUGAAAUGGGAAAGUUAGCUGAUUUAUAUGCUCCCCAGUUUAUUGUUGAACUCGGAGAUAAUUUUUACUAUGAUGGUGUGAAAAAUCUAGAGGACAUUAGGUUUAAGGCCACCUUUGAAAAUGUUUACACUGCAAAGUCACUACAGGUACCCUGGUACCUGAUAGCAGGAAAUCAUGAUCACCAUGGCAAUGUGACUGCACAGAUUUUGUACUCUCAGUACUCCUCAAGAUGGAAUUUUCCAAACUUCUUUUUCUAUAAAGAGUUUCCCUUUAAUAAUGGUGCACAGAAAGUGGGUAUUGUAUUCAUUGACACUAUACUUCUUUGUGGUAUCACUGAUGACUUUCUAUCUACACCCCCCAAAGGACCAGGCAACAAGGCGGCAGCUGAUGAUCAGUGGACAUUUAUACAGCAAGCUUUAAAAUCAAGCAGCGCUGAUUAUCUGUUCACUGCUGGCCAUUACCCUGUCUACUCUAUAGCUGAGCAUGGUCCCACUGACUGCCUGGUCAAACAGCUGGAUCCCAUGCUGGAUACAUACAAAGCCAAUGGCCAUUUUUCUGGACAUGACCAUAACCUGCAGCAUCUCCAAGUACAGACCAAAUCUGGCAACAACCUAGAUUAUUAUGUGUCAGGAAUGGCCAACUUUAUUGACAUAAGUACAGAACAUAUAAACUCAGUACCAGCUGGCUCACUCAAGUUUCACUAUGCAGAUUUUAUCUCUAAAGGUGGUUUUCUCUACGCUGAAGCAACACCCAGCAAUAUGACUUUGUCUUUCAUCAGCGCAGAGGGCAAUCGUCUGUAUACCAAUGUAUUAUAUCCUAGAAAAGUUUAAAUUAUACUUGUCUUUCACCAUGUUAUAUGUUCUUCCAGCAGUGUUGAAAUAAUUUCUUAGUGCAAAAUUUGUUUUAAAUCCAAGAAAAACAUAAAAAAUACUUUUAAAAAAAAAAGACAAAACCUCCUGUAUACAACUUAUAGAGUGAUUAAUUAUUUUUCUCUUAGAAACUAAUGAAUGUGGAAAAAAAACACUGGAAUGUUUGUACCCCUCCCGAUUUCCCUCUCACCCCGAGAAAGAAUCCUGGUUAAGCGAAUGUAUAAAGCUACUGGCUUUGUAAUAUUAAAUGAUAGGUCUUAAGAUCUAGACUUAAGAUGGUGUGCAUUAAUUUUUAUUAAACUCUUGAAUCAACAUGCAAAAAUACCCGAAGAUGUUCAAGAUCAAUAUUUUCUAGUUCUCUAGACAAAAUGAAAUUAAUUUCUUUUUAUACUUUGAAAAUUAUAACUGUCAAACCAGAGUUUUCCCAUUGUUGCCAACGAGCCAGUCAUUCUUUUCUCAGUGAUAUACAGCAACUACCAAAUUUCUAGGAAAAUUGUAAGAGCCGCUUUUGAGAUCCGUGUCCAGGUUCCAUGAAGGUAUGAGUUGAAUAGAGGUAUUGUAAAAAUGUACUUAAUGCCAGAAUAAAGAAAAAUCCUUUCUGAUACUUUAUUUCUAACUUAAAGUGCGACAGUUGUGUUACUUGGUGUUUACAAAAAUUGAUGCCUUAAAGAUGUGAAGUUCUUUGUAAAGUAUCCAGCCCAAUCUCUUUAUCAGCCCAAUCUCUUUAUCAGCCCAAUCUCUUCAGUUUAAUUUUGAGCCAAGAAAUCAGCUUUUGGAAGAUUUUUCUAAAUCUAUUUAACUCUAACUACUGACUGACUACAGACUACUUACAAUAUAGUGGCUAAAUAAUUAAGAAAAAAAAAGGCUUCAUACACUCUAUAUUUACUUGAAAUAUUCAGCAUUGGUAAAUAUAUUUACUUAUUACCCUUUGGUAACUAGCCAUUCUAAAAAUACAUUUUAGGGCUUUCACUCAUGUUUUUUUUUUUAUCUGUUUCUGUUGUUAAUAUUAUUUCUGUAGUUAAAAACUCUAUCUUUCAGCAUCUGGGUAUUUUUAUGAUAUUAAAAUGUCUUUUUUUUAAAUUAAUAUUCUUGUAAUUUAAAUUCAAAUUUUACCUGGACUAUGAACAUUUCUGUAAUUUUAUUAAUAAGAAUUUAUUGUUUUAUCUGUAUAUUUAUAUUUUUUAAAAAUGGGCUUUCUAUUAUUAUUUUGCUGUAACUAUAACCAAACAAAUAAAAUGUGACAACAUAAAUGUUUCUUUGCAAAACCUUUUUUAAAUUCUAAAUUUUGUACUUACAAUAAAAUGAGUUUUCUAUUAAUGUUUCAUGUAUACAAUGCCAUGUAACAAAAUAAUCAAAAUUUUAUUUCUAUAUUUAUUCUAAUUAAUUCAAUGAGAUUCAUUGUAUAGAUCAUGAUUCAACUAAAGUUAGUUCUGUAACUAUUCAUUAUUUCUUUAUUCUAAUUAAGUCAAUCAUGAUACAACUUCCUUUUUUUUCUCUUGUGUGACUGAUAUUAUGUGGCUUUGGUUGAAGCUAUCAGCUAGAGAUAGUGCAUCCUCUUUCAAAUCAUUUGAACAAAAUCAUGUUAUGAUUCAACUCUGGCCCCACUACUCCUAUUUGGCUUAUGUGAGAUUUCCCCAGAUUUUUUAAAAAAUUAAUAAAGUUAUUUUAUAAAAAUAAAAAUAAAAGCCCACAAAAAGAUUAACAGCUGUUUGGUAAUAGGAAAGGGAAAGAGUUUUUAAGAGAUUCUAAUAACUCAACAGGAAGAAAGACUAGAAUAGGCCUACUGGCCUACUUUAUAUAAUGUAUCCUCUUUGUAAGAAGCAGCAAUUCUCUGAAGCAUGCAAUGUGUAUUUAUUCAUAGCCUGUUUGGCACUUAUAUUCAUCUAUCUAUAUUUGCAGUAGAUUUAUUUAUAAUUACAUGCAUUUACCUUAUAAUUAAGGUCAGUAAUGUUUCAUAUAAAUUUACAUUAUGAUUGUUUCUAAUUCUUGAAACUUCGUGCCAUUCCAUAAUAAAAUUAUUUUUUUAAACAUUGAA